ACAGUUAAAUUUCGCGCUCGUUGCAUUGCAACUGCCAGAUCAUCACUACAGUAGUCGUAACGUUGUGUGACUUCGUUCUCUCACUCAUUCCCUCACCAACGUCCAUGUCUUCUGCCAUAUAACGACACCCCGCACGAUAAAAUCAACUAUAUAAUAUUACCACAACCACGAACAUGGACCAUAAUGGCACCACACGCAAACACCUGACUCUCUUGAACACCUCCAGCUCGCCAACAGCAGCGAGCUCUCUCCCUUCCCCGCCCUACUCGCCCCCUCCAAGUCGCAGCACACCACCCACCAGUGCCCCCGUACGAGGCGCGUUUCCCAAGGACGCGAUUAAAGACCUCAAAGUUACCCGCCGGCAAUCUUCCAUCUCCUACAUAUCCUCCCGCGUCGAUGUGUUCUCGCGACACGGGACAACCGUGGCUGAUGCCUCGAUAGGAACAGAUACGGCACAUGGAACUGGAGGUCUAUUCGAAGGACACAAAAAGACUUCACGCUCGAUGAAGAGGCGCACCAUAGUAGGCCUCGAAGAAUUACGCGGCUUAAACACACUUGGGGAAGCCCGCGCACGUGUGAGCGUUGGGAGUGCCAGUGCCAGUGUCAAUGGGGGCGUAGAGAGAGCUGCACUGACAUUGGCUGAGAAGCACGCCGACCUCCUACACGCAAUUGCUGCCGCUGAGAGUAGACGACUCGAGCUGACUGGUCAACUGGCUGUUGUUGAAGGGGAUCUGGCAGAACUAAAACGCAAAUGGGGGGCGUAUCAUGGCCUCAAAGGAGGGGUAAGAUUACUGGCGGCGGGUCUGAGCGACCUAAGCGACCUCUCUUCUCCGAUCCCCUUACCGGCUCCCCCAAUAAACACAGAAGAAACAUCGGAUGUUGCGAGACGUCACGCACAACGUGUGAGCGAUUCGUCCACAUCAACGUCAACACGACUUUCGAGGAGUUCCGCGUCAUCUGUCUGGGACGAAGACAUUUCCCUUUCUUCUGGCAUCGGCGCGGAAAACAGCGAACGACAUGUCACGAAACAAGCACGAGACAACGAAACGUCAAGAGCAAGACAGGAGAAAGUUUUCCGUCGGAGAUCGCGCGAUCUUUCGCAUCCUCCGACGGCAUUUACGAGGCAUGCCACUUCCUAUAAUAGCACGAGCACUAGUGUGGACCUGGGGCGAGGCAGCGUGGAACUGGACUCGACUACAGAGGUCGUUCAGGGUACAUUCAAUCCGGGAAUAGACGCGUUCGUUACAGCAGUGGCUUCAGAAUUCGACACAGACGGUGCAGGGUCUUCGGAGACACCAAGCAAAAACACGCUCCGCAGCAAACACUCCCCCCUAGCACCGCCUUCAUCGAUGCCUGGCGCCGGUUCGCUCGCCGUAGCCGGCGGUGGAUGGGGGAACGUCGGCCGUAAGCUUGGAGGUGAUGUAUUUUCCAAAAGCCAAAAACGAGCAUCCAGCCUCCUCUCAGACGUCUCCCAAUCCAUCGUAUCAGCAUUAACCCCAGGCCCAGUAGCCACCUCCCCCGCACCAGUUCCAACAUCAAUGCAAACAUCAACACCUUCCCUUUUCCCAUUCCCCUCAUCCCUUCGCACGCCUUCAAGCAGCAAUACCUCCUUACGCGCACCAUUAUCAAACGCGAGCUCUCCACUCACGCGCCCCACCUACCCGCACACUCGCACCCAUACUCAUGUCCCAGCCCCGCGUACAAACAGUUGGCUGGAAGAUGAGGAAGAUGAUACGGUGAAUGCUGGGAGAGUUAUAAUGACAUCUGUGCUUACACCCACCCUCUCCCUCCGCGUCCGCAUUUGCGUCAGUACACAGAAUGCCCAAUUCACUCGCACCCGCCAAAAAGAAACAGCGACAACAAGUUUCGAUGACGACGACUGGAAUUGGUAGCAGUUACCGUUGUCCACUUUUGACGUUCUCUGGCCGUUUUUGGAAGAUGAAAAUUAGGCUCUGCCUCGAGUGUGUGCGAGGCGUAUACGGUACUGUAUGUUUAUACUAUAGUUAUUUGCGCCUCCUUCGUUCGUGCAGACUGGGACGGCAACUAGCUUUGAUGACGAUGACAGCGGUGAAGGAUGAAAAAAUGGAGGCGUAAACGAGAGACGUAUCGUAAGUAUGUUUGUAGAUAUUCGUUGUAUUAUUUUUUUGUUCUGUGCGGUAUGACUUGUGCUUGAUGUGUUGUUGCAUCAAAAUUGCAUGUACAGUCAACGAGUCAAUUGCUG